UAGUGAUAAGUUGGUUGAUGAUUUCUUUUUUGAGAUGGUUGAUCGAGAUUUUUCUGAAUUAGCAAAUAUUAGUUUUGGCAAGUUUGUAUGGGAUAGGAGUUUUCAAUAUUUGAAAACUGCUUUGAAGGGUGGGAAUAAAAUCUUUGAUGGACUGUUCGUUGAUGGGAAGGUUGGCCUUCACCCUUACAAACUUCUUGGGUUUCCCAUUGCUUUUCUUGUAUGGAUUUAUGAAAGUAUAGCUGAGUUGAGUCCUGACUUUUGUCAACGGGUUGGGAAAAAAUUUCCACGUUUGUUGAAUUGGAAGAGUACAGAUAAUGCGUUCUAUGCAAACUUGGUGGGAAAGGUUUUCAACAAUCAGAAGUUGACUAUCCUGAAUGUCUAUCCGUCUUCUGAGGAGAGAAAGAAACUGGCAGUAAAGAAGUUUAAGUUUGAGCCUCUAUACUUGCCGAAGGUGUGUGCUGAAGAUGGAGACAGUAGUCCGGGUACCCAGGUUGAUAGUGAAAAGUUGAGAUUGAUUUGUGAAUCAAUCUCAUCAAUAAAAGCAUGCCAAGAAACUAUUAUUAGUGACAUUGCAGUUAUGAGAUCUGAGUUCAUGGGGAAACUCAGUGAUUUAUCUGCAAUGAUUGCAAAAUUUGUUGCAAAAAAUUCUGAAAAAGUUGCAAAUUCAAGUGAUGAAAGUGCUGGUUUUAAUGAAGGGGAAAAGCCAGAUGAUUUUGAUAAUGUUUCCAGUCCUAUUUCUGAUGAUUCUAAGGUAACUUGUUUGUUUUUAUGCUUUAUUGUUUUUUUUAACCAUUUUUAGUUGUAACCAGAUUAUUUAUUUUUAUUUUUUUGGCUAGGAUUGUGGAAAUGAUUCAGCUAAAGAGUCUGAUGGUAGUAAGGUAACUAGUUUAUUUUUCUUAAUAGUAUGUUUUCUUUCUGUAGUUGUUUAGUGUAACCAGUUACUGUUGUAACCAGUUUCAUUAUUUCUUUUAGGGUGUUGAGAAGGAUUUAAAUGAAAAUUUUGAUGCUGUUUAUUCUGGGUUGGAGUUGUCAAAUGUUGUGGGUGGAGAUAAGGUUUUGUAAUUUAUUUUUGUUUUGUUUCUUGUAUUAUUUUAUUUAAAAUUGAAUUUGUUGUAAUUGAUUUUAUUUUUAUUCAUUAUAGGAUUUUACAAACAAGCCUGAGUUCAGUUCAGUUGGUUUAAGUUUUGAAGAAGUAUAUGUUGAUCCAGAGAUUUUGAGUGUUAUUGAUAGAACUGUUCAGUAUGCAGAAGGAGAAA